CGUCCGGCGGGGCGUCUGGAGGCUGCCACGGGCGAUAUCCGAGCCCGCGCCGCAAACAGCGCCCAGCGGGGACCGGAACGGACAGAGACCCCACCGCUCAGUGCCGCCGCGUACCGCCGGUAGUCGCAGUGACCGCCGGACGCUGGCUGCUGGAGGUCGCUUCACACGCAGUCCGCUGGUCAGACGAGGGUUGUCAGAGUGACCGACACGCAGCUUGGUGACGUCGUUCCUCGGCGUUCUGCGUCAUCAGAAGACGUCGCUAGUGAUCUCCGGAGAGCGUCAGCAGGCAUCAACGUCAUCCGUCAUCAGCGUCAUUCGUCAUUAGCCGUCAGCAGCUCUGUUCUGCUCGCGUCAUAGUUUGACAGCACCGCAGCGUCAGCGUCUACCAGACUCGAGCAGCGAUGAGACAACUCCAUUCAGUCGGCACCAUCGUAUUGCUGCUGGCCGUGGCAGGUCAGGGGAAGCAGUCCAGCUUCAAACGCACCUACCCAGAGCUGCCCAGUCCUCAGGACAGGCGGAUGAACGAACUGCCUCGCACCAGCCUCAGGGAGAAAAGCACCAAACGUAUUGAGGCACUGCCGCUACUCAGUGUCAGUUCGGUGAAGAACUGCGGCACAGACCACGACCCCAUCCAGCUCAACACACUGACACUGCCCGGCGUCAUCGACCUCAAGGCGUCCUUCAACUUCAGCAUCGACGCCGAGCUCCACCUGCAGCUGAAGGCCCCGCUGAAGGUGGCUCUCAAGGUACAGCGCUACUUCCUGCUCUGGUGGGUGACGGUGCCGUGCAUUGAGGGCGUGUUCGGCACGUGCACGUUCAACGACCUCUGCAGCCUGCUGCCCGGGCAGGGCAACCACACCUGCCCGCCCGUGUUCACGGAUCACGACCUGCCGUGCGGCUGCCCCGCAGGACCGGGAGAUAUCAAGGCUGAUGACGUGCCCGUGAACCUCGGCUCGGUGAAUAUUCCCGAGGAGGUGGCCUCCGGCUCCUACCGGCUCAAGACCACCAUCACCGACGGCACCACCGAGGAACUGAUGGGCUGCUUCGACAUCGACCUCAAACUGCACUGACCAGCGCCGCCACUUGCCAUGCCAAACGUCACGGACGAGUGGAAGGAAGUGGGAAGGAUACGACUGGACUGUAUUGCCGAGGUUGCGGAUGAUCGAAAGUGAAGCAUUUUAGCAAAUAUGUGUUAGCAAAUAGUUACUCAGAUGUGGAUUUUUAGACUUAGCGGACUGUUUUAGAAUCUAGGAAUUAUCGAUGUACCUAGUCACCUUCCUUGAUAUGUGAAUGAAAUAUGAUAUUCGUGGCUAUUUAGAUAUUACGAUAACAUGCCAAUAAACUGUAGAAAGAAAA